GGGGGGGAGGACGGCGGGACUGCAACUCCCAUGAUGCCCUGAGGUGGGCGGGCGGGCAGGAAGGUGGGGGCAGGAUUGUCCCACUAAAUAGAACCGGGUGAAGCAUGAAGCUGUACUGCCUGUCAGGACAUCCAACCUUACCAUGCAACGUACUCAAGUUCAAAUCCACCACCAUCAUGUUGGAUUGUGGGCUGGAUAUGACGUCUACCCUCAAUUUCCUCCCAUUGCCGCUGGUUCAGAGCCCCAGGCUGUCCAAACUUCCUGGUUGGGUUUUGAAAGAUGGAAGCACAUUUCUGGACAAGGAACUGAAGGAGUGCUCUGGCCAUGUGUUUGUAGACUCUGUGCCUGAGUUCUGUUUACCAGAGACUGAGCUGCUUGACCUCUCCACGGUAGACGUGAUCUUGAUCUCCAACUAUCACUGCAUGAUGGCGUUGCCCUAUAUCACAGAGUACACAGGAUUCGCUGGCACGGUGUACGCCACCGAGCCCACUGUCCAAAUUGGCAGGCUUCUCAUGGAAGAACUGGUGAAUUCCAUUGAACGCGUGCCAAAGGCUCAGUCUGCCUCCAUGUGGAAGAACAAGGAGGUACAGAGGUUGCUGCCUGCCCCUCUGAAGGACGCGGUGGAGGUGUCCAUGUGGAGGAAGUGCUACACCAUGCCAGAAGUGAACGCUGCGCUCAGUAAGAUCCAGCUGGUGGGAUAUUCUCAGAAAAUUGAGCUGUUUGGCGCCGUGCAGGUCACCCCUCUCAGCUCAGGCUACGCUCUUGGAAGCUCCAAUUGGAUUAUCCAGUCGCACUAUGAAAAGGUUUCCUAUGUUUCAGGAUCUUCUCUACUUACAACACAUCCUCAGCCCAUGGACCAGGCUUCUCUGAAAAACAGCGAUGUUCUCAUCCUGACGGGUCUGACACAAAUCCCGACCGCUAACCCGGAUGGCAUGGUAGGAGAGUUCUGCAGCAACUUGGCUAUGACUGUCCGGAAUGGAGGAAAUGUGCUGGUUCCCUGUUACCCCUCUGGAGUGAUAUACGACCUGCUGGAGUGCCUGUAUCAGUAUAUUGACUCUGCCGGACUCUCCAACGUCCCUUUUUAUUUCAUCUCCCCCGUUGCCAACAGCUCCCUCGAGUUCUCCCAGAUCUUUGCUGAGUGGUUGUGUCAUAACAAACAAACAAAGGUUUAUCUCCCAGAACCUCCUUUUCCCCAUGCUGAGCUCAUACAGACAAACAAGUUGAAACAUUAUCCCAGCAUCCACGGAGACUUCAGCAAUGACUUCAAGCAGCCGUGUGUUGUGUUCACUGGACAUCCCUCUCUUAGAUUUGGGGACGUGGUUCAUUUCAUGGAGUUAUGGGGAAAAUCUAGCUUGAACACUGUUAUAUUCACAGAACCAGAUUUCUCUUAUCUGGAUGCCCUGGCUCCCUACCAACCUUUGGCAAUGAAAUGCGUUUACUGUCCCAUCGACACAAGGCUGAAUUUCAUUCAGGUGUCUAAAUUACUCAAAGAAGUCCAGCCUCUCCACGUGGUUUGCCCGGAGCAGUACACGCAACCACCGCCCACCCAGGCUCACCGCACGGACCUGAUGAUAGACUGCCAGCCCCCACCCAUGUCCUACCGCCGAGCAGAGGUCCUGACGCUUCCCUACAAGCGGCGCUACGAGAAAAUCGAAAUCAUGCCAGAGCUUGCAGAUUCGCUUGUGCCCUUGGAGAUUAAGCCGGGUAUUUCCUUAGCAACAGUUUCUGCCGUGUUGCAUACUAAAGACAACAAGCAUGUGCUGCAGCUCCCUCCAAAACCUCCGCAACCUCCCGCCAGCAAGAAGAGAAAGCGAGUGAGUGAUGAUGUGCCGGAGUGCAAACCCUUGAAGCCGUUGCUGAGCGGCUCCAUUCCUGUGGACCAGUUUGUGCAGACGCUCGAGAAGCAUGGGUUCAGUGACGUGAAGGUGGAGGACACAGCCAAGGGCCACAUCGUCCUCCUGCAGGAAGCAGAAACCCUCAUUCAGAUCGAGGAGGACUCCACGCACAUCAUCUGCGACAACGACGAACCCCUGAGGGUGAAGCUGCGCGACCUGGUGCUCAAAUUCCUGCAGAAAUUUUAGCUCAUGGACAUCGUGCUGCUCUGCAAGGAUUCACCCCAGAGCCCCUGAGCUAAAACAUGUCCGGAGCAUCACCCCGAGGAGAGAGAACUUCCUGAUUCUGACACCAGAAACCCCCUUCCCUUCAUGGAGAAGCAAGGAAGUAUUUUUAAUAUCUAUCUAUUUUUAAUUUUUUUAACUGGUUUUGGACUACUUUGGAGAGGAUUCCUGUUCUGUAAGAUUGGGAGUUGGAAUCUUAGAGGAGAUCUGAACUGAAUAGAGUGUAUAUUUACAAGGUCAGGGUGAAAUUGCGUCCAGCCGCAGACGUUUCUGUGUGACCCUCAGCAUUGCAUCCCUGAGAAAACUCCAAGAAUAUUGAAACAGUGGCCACAGAUAUUAAGAUGUUGUUUUUCUUCCCAGUUACCAGGCCGAAUUUCCUCUCUGUCCUCCAUUUACAUAUGUGUGUGUUUCACUGGCGCAAAGAGGAAUGAGAAAGCUGGUAAGGCAAAGAUUAUAAAAGAUCCGAAUAGAAGAAGAGGGCUGUGCUGGACAUGCAGCAGCUUUGAGGCAACGUGGGCCAUUCCUUGCAAAAACAAAGGGAUCUUAUAGCUUCAGCAAUGCAAAGGGGUUGUUGACGCUGCACCCUCACCCGUUAUGACCAGGUUUGUCCACCCAGCUCUGGGCUCUUCACCGAGACACUCAAUAAACUGUUUUAUCCUGGUUCCCCCAUAGUCAGUGGAGGAAUUAUCUCAGGAAGGUACUUUCAGAAGUGGAUAAAGCAGGUAAACCCCCAGUGCUCAUGAAAAACCUUUGGGAUUUAAGUGCCUCUUGUUUCUACCUUCCAAAAACCUGUUUGUUCACCUCCCACUAUCCCAAACCCUGACUGAAAUACUGACCCAUUUAUACAAAGCCAUCGGUACUGCAGACCCGGGCAGGCUUUUCACUCCCCAAACCAUAGAUUUGGGGCCUACACUUAGUUAAUAGUAUUGCUUUUAAAAGCAACCAAUUUCUCAGAUUUACUGCUGUUCGGUUUUUAUUGGGUUGGUUUGUAUUUAUUUGGUGUUAAAAAUAAAAAGCAUAGCAAGCCUGCCAA